UACUUGAUUUUUUUCGUUCCGAAAUCAGAUCAUUACGGAUGGGUCGCGGAGUGAGUGCUGGGGGAGGUCAGAGUUCCUUGGGCUACCUGUUUGGAAGUGGAGAGCCUGCUAACAAUUCUCAGACUACUCGCAACCAGGAAAAGGCUCCAACUAAUGAGCCUGCCCCAAAGCCAGCUGCUGUUUCACAACCUGUGGAUAACACAAAGAAUGUCCCAGCAGGCAUUCACAGUAGCCACACAAACAACUAUUUUCGUGCUGAUGGCCAGAACUGCGGAAACUUUCUAACAGAAAGGCGUUCGACCAAGGUACAAGCAGCACCUGGUGGUGGAUCUUCCCUGGGGUAUUUAUUUGGUGACGGCAGCAGCAAGUGAUGUCACCUGACAUCAAGUUUCAAUAGUUUGCUUUCCCAAAAAUGUUCGAAGUGCGAAUGGAUUUCAUUUACUGCAAAUUUGGAACUUUUUGCAAAAUUGUAAUGGUGUCUAAUUGACACAGGAUUCAAACUGCUAUGCAAGUGCUGAAUGCAUUACCAUUAUUUAUGUA